AUGGCGGCGGGGGGAGGCGGAGGUGGCCGGGGGGGCAGUGGCCCCAGAUGGGGCGGGGGCCGGGCCGACGGGGGCGCAGCGCAGGAGAAACUGCCGGUGCAUGUGGAGGAUGCACUCUCCUACCUGGACCAGGUGAAGAUUCGCUUUGGCAGUGAUCCUGCCACCUAUAACGGUUUCCUGGAGAUCAUGAAGGAAUUCAAGAGCCAGAGCAUUGAUACUCCUGGUGUAAUCAGGCGGGUUUCUCAGCUGUUUCAUGAACAUCCCGACCUCAUUGUAGGAUUCAAUGCUUUCCUCCCUUUGGGCUACAGAAUAGAGAUUCCAAAGAACGGGAAGUUAAGUAUACAGUCGCCACUGGCUAGUCAGGUGUCAUCAGAGCCUCUUCCAAGUGCUCAUCCGGGUGGUGGGUUAUUGUUACAUUAUUGUCAGGAGAAUUCUCACAACCACAGUGACUGCUCUGAAGACUUCCGGCAGCAACUUCCAUACAAAGAAGAUAAAUCUCAAAUCUCCUUGGAAUCUGAUUCUGUAGAGUUCAAUAAUGCAAUAAGUUACGUGAAUAAGAUCAAAACCCGUUUUCUUGACCAUCCUGAAAUCUACAGAUCAUUUUUAGAAAUUCUUCACACUUACCAGAAAGAACAGCUGAACACUAAAGGCCGACCCUUUCGAGGCAUGUCAGAGGAAGAAGUGUUUACUGAAGUAGCAAAUCUCUUCAGGGGACAGGAGGAUCUACUCUCUGAGUUUGGACAGUUUCUUCCUGAGGCUAAAAGAUCUUUGUUCACAGGGAAUGGGCCAUGUGAAAUGAACAGUGUCCAGAAAAUUGAUCAUGAAAAAAAUCUGGAACAUAGUAAAAAGCGAUCCAGACCACUACUGCUUCGUCCUGUUCCCAGCCCAGCAAAGAAGAAAAUGAAACUGCGAGGUACCAAAGAUCUGUCAGUUGCAACAGUGGGAAAAUAUGGAACGUUGCAGGAGUUUUCUUUCUUCGAUAAGGUGCGCAGGGUACUGAAGAGUCAGGAAGUGUAUGAGAACUUCCUCCGCUGUAUUGCACUCUUUAAUCAGGAGCUAGUGUCAGGCUCAGAGCUUCUCCAACUAGUCACCCCAUUUUUAGGGAAAUUCCCAGAACUCUUUGCACAGUUCAAAUCCUUCCUUGGAGUGAAAGAGCUUUCAUUUGCUUCUCCGCUGAGUGACCGAUCUGGGGAUGGAAUGAUUCGGGAAAUUGAUUAUGCUUCCUGCAAACGCAUAGGAUCCAGUUACCGGGCUCUUCCAAAAACCUAUCAGCAGCCAAAAUGCAGCGGAAGAACGGCCAUUUGCAAGGAGGUGUUAAAUGACACCUGGGUCUCGUUUCCAUCCUGGUCUGAAGACUCCACAUUUGUCAGCUCAAAGAAGACUCCCUAUGAGGAGCAGCUGCAUCGCUGUGAGGACGAACGAUUUGAGUUGGAUGUUGUCUUGGAAACCAAUCUGGCCACAAUACGCGUGUUGGAGAGUGUUCAGAAAAAGCUGUCUCGGAUGUCUCAAGAGGAUCAGGAGAAAUUCCGAUUGGAUGAUUGCUUGGGAGGAACGUCAGAAGUGAUCCAGCGCAGAGCCAUCUACCGUAUCUAUGGUGAUAAAGCACCAGAAAUCAUUGAGAGUCUUAAGAAAAAUCCGGUUACUGCUGUCCCCGUAGUUUUAAAAAGGUUGAAAGCAAAAGAGGAGGAAUGGCGGGAAGCCCAGCAGGGCUUCAACAAGAUCUGGCGGGAGCAGUAUGAGAAGGCGUACUUAAAGUCCCUUGACCACCAGGCUGUCAACUUCAAACAAAAUGACACCAAAGCUCUGCGCUCCAAGAGCUUGUUGAAUGAGAUUGAGAGCGUCUACGAUGAGCAUCAGGAGCAGCAUUCAGAGGGGAGAAGUGCCACUACAAACGAGCCUCACCUCAUCUUCAUCUAUGAGGAUAAACAGAUUCUGGAAGAUGCAGCUUCACUCAUUAGCUACUAUGUGAAACGACAGCCCACUAUCCAGAAGGAAGAUCAGGCCACCAUUCGGCAAAUAGUGCAUCACUUCGUACCGGAGCUGUUUUUCUCUCAGCUCCCUGACCACAGUAUUUCUGAAGAGUCACCUGAUGAGGAUAGAGAAAACCAUCAGGGACAGAACCUGGAUGCUCCUGAGCUACGAAAGAAACAUGUGCCUGGGCCUCCAAGCAGCCCUCUGGAGGAGAAAGCUGGCUUCUGUGAUGCCGCUGUUGCUGAGCCUCACAAAACUCUGGACGAUGUUUAUAGUCUGUUCUUUGCCAAUAAUAAUUGGUAUUUCUUCCUCCGUCUUCACCAGACUCUCUGCUCAAGGCUCUUAAAGAUUUAUCGUCAAGCUCAGAAGCAGCUUCUAGAGUAUCGAACUGAAAAGGAGAGGGAGAAACUCCUCUGUGAGGGAAGGAAAGAAAAGUCCAAUGAUCCAGCCAUGGAACUGAGAUUGAAACAACCAAGUGAGGUGGAGUUGGAGGAAUAUUACCCAGCAUUCUUGGAUAUGGUGAGAAGUUUGCUGGAUGGGAACAUUGACCCCACACAGUACGAGGACACUCUGAGGGAGAUGUUCACUAUCCACGCCUACAUCGGCUUCACCAUGGACAAGCUGGUGCAGAAUAUUGUCCGCCAGCUUCACCAUCUUGUGAGUGAUGAUAUCUGCCUGAAGGUUGUAGAGCUCUACUUAAGUGAGAGAAAGCGAGGUGCUGCUGGAGGCAACCUAUCCUCCAGGUGUGUCCGGGCAGCCAAGGAGACCAGCUAUCAGUGGAAGGCCGAGCGCUGCAUGGCAGAUGAGAACUGCUUCAAGGUAAUGUUUCUUCAGAGGAAAGGGCAGGUGAUAAUGACCAUCGAGCUACUAGACACAGAAGAAACCCAAACAGAAGACCCUAUGGAGGUUCAGCACUUGGCUAACUACAUGGAACAGUACGUUGGGGUGGAGGGCAUCCCAAACAACCAGAGCGAUGGCUUCUUACUGAAACCGGUCUUUCUGCAAAGGAACCUUAAAAAAUUCCGCAAGUGGCAAUGCAAGCAAGUGAGAGCUCUGCGGAGCGAAGUGAAGAGUUCCUGGAAGAGGCUGAUCGGGGUGGAGAGUGCAUGCAACAUGGACUGCAGGUUCAGGCUCAACACCCACAAAAUGAUGUUCAUCAUGAACUCUGAGGAUUACAUGUACAGGCGGGGCACUCUCUCCCGAGCCAAGCAGGUGCAGCCCAUGGUUCUGCUAAAGCACCACCAACAGUUUGAAGAGUGGCACAGCAGGUGGCUAGAAGAGAAUGUUACAGUGGAGGCAGCAGAACUGGUUCAAGACUGGCUAAUGGGCGAUGAGGAUGAGGACAUGGUCCCGUGCAAAACAACUUGUGAGACGGUGAAUGUCCAUGGGGUCCCCGUAAAUAGAUACAGAGUCCAGUACAGUCGCCGUCCAGCCUCACCAUGAGCAGAGACUCAUCCACGUGACCACGCCAAGCAGGAGCUUUGCCGGCAAAACACUUUUACUCUGAGAAUAGUGGUGGGAAUGCAAUGUAUGUAUUAAUGAUAUUUAUCCAAACAGCAUUUUACUUUGGGGUAUGAUGUAUUUUCCAUAUGGCACAGAAUUGUCUCCUCACAGUGUAAUCCUCCAGGCUAUGUCAUCGUGAAGAGAGCUAAAGCCGUUCCUGGAAGAGGGCUCUUAGCAUUGCCACUCUGUGCAGUAGCUUUCUAGCUUCAGGCCUCCCACAAGUCAGCUGGUGUGGGAAAGGCUGAGCAAGGUGGUCUGGCUACUUGGGGGGUGCCAAGUGCUCAGCUCCAGAAGAGCUGCCAAUGGCUGCUGCAUUGGAGGAACAGGGCAAGCUGGCCUGGCUGCUUGCAAGGUGGCUGAGGGGGCUGCAUGCUCUAGCAAGUGUAGAGCAUGAUGGGUACUAGAGCUGACACUGGCAACUGCUUCCUCUUUUUAAGUGUUUAAUGUUUUAUGUCCCUCUGCAUUUCAUGCCAUGUCUCAGUCUGCAGAACUUCUUAAUAUAACCCCUCAGGGCCAGUGGGCCCAGAGCACUGGGCACAGAUCACUGGCUUUGCCAUGGGUGCGGGUACUCAAUUGCAUUAUCUUUCAUACGAAUGAAGCUAUGAAUGCCACAUGCAUUACUGCUGCUGUGAUGAGGAAAUGCCAAAUCUUGAGACAUCGAGGGAAAUAAGCCCCUCGAAUUUUAAAACAGCUAGAUUGGCUAAGGGUUUCAGAGCAGGCGCUAAUCAGAAAUGGCUCCAUGGGCUGUGUUGCUGAGCAAGUGAGCCCGGGCACAUUCUCUGCCUCCGCAGAUAAUUCUGUAUUGGAUCCGUCAAUCUUUAUAAAACUGUGUCACGCUGCAAUAUCCUGCCUUCUCAUUUCAGGAACUGCUUGAAGCUGGAAUAAAAUCCAUGAGGAGGUCUGGGUUUUUUGUUUGUGUUUUGCAUGCUGAUUGACAGCCUCUGGAGACUGUAUGUUGCAGACACAUCUCUGAGUACUGCUGGGAUAAUAACACUUACAAAGUGGAUCAGUAGAUGGAGCUCUUAAAGCAUGUUUGCACUGGCUUGGAGGGUUUCCUAGAUACUGCUCUUUUUUGCUGAUGUCUGUACAGAUGCUCUCUUUUGCAGUGACACACAGAAAUGUGUAUUCAGAGGAAGAUUCUCUCCAGGCAUAAGCAGUGUAGACAAGCUAUUCCACUGACACUUCUGUACCUCCUCCUGAACUCUGCCAAAACACAAAACAAAACAAAACAAAAAAUCUCACCCACCCACCCACC